AUGGCGCGGUCCUCCACCAAGCCGGCGCCUGCCCCGAUGGCGCCGCGUGGCGUCCGCGGCGCGGGCAGCAAUUACCCGACGUUCUCCGGCGCCGCGGCGGAGGAAUUUAAGCUGCGGAGCGCCGCAAACAAGGCAGUGAAUGGCGCCAGGGGCCCUUCUGCCCAGGGUGGCGGGCCACAGGCAGCAGCGAGGAGGUCGGCGUGUUUUAGUGCAAGAUCAGACUUCAACUUCUCGCACCAGGCCCUGCUGGGAAGCUGCUGGGAGAUGCGCGAUGUGGAGAGUCUCUCCACAUUCCUCGCGCGCAGCGUCAUGAGGAACGUCCCGAAGACGGUGCACAAGGUGGUGUUGUCCUCCAGCAGUGGCCUGGGCUCCCUGCAACGUGAGGGCAAGUCUUCCUCGGCGUUCUUCACCUCAGCCGCUGCAUCCACCAUAUCGUUGCCUACAUUCGUCGGUGGGCACACUAGCCCUUCUACGUGCGCGGGCGGCAGCAGCGGCAGUAGCAAACGGGGUGUUCAAAAGCAUUCGCAUUGGAUCUCUCUCAUCCAGCUUCAACCUCGCGGCCCAAAGCAAUGGGAUGCUUUUUCAGUGCCGAAUCCGGGCGGGGGUGGCGUACGCAGGUACGAUCGGGCCCCGUUUGGUUCCACGCCGGGAGAAGAAGUUGCGGCGCCGUGCAAGUGCAUGGGGGGCUGCGGGUGCCUGCCUCAACUUUUUUGCUCGCGGCGUAAAAAAGAAAGGCGUGGACACUUUCUUCAUUCCCACUUACGUUAUAAUGUGGACUAUACGUGUGCUGGGCAGAAGGAUAAAUCUGCCUUCAUGCUUAAAACCCAAACUUCAGAUGACAAAAAUAAUGCCUUUCUGAAGAAGCACGGUCUUUGGCAGAAACUUGGUACACGCUUACGUCGAUGGGACCGCGUGGAUGUAUUUUCCCCGAAUGUUCAGUCCCUUCUCCUCGCCGCAGCAAAGGCGCAGACGGAAUCCGCCACCACCCUCUUGGGGCCUCUCCUCGGUGGCUAUUCCCCCCUUCUUGGGGGGGAUGCCAGUUUUGCCGCGGGCGGCGCUUUCCUUCAUGCGAAGGAAACGGCGGAACCCGUUCUUUUGGGGGAGGGCGUCCCGUCCGCUCCCCCGCGGAACUCCGUGGAAUCGGCCGAACCCCCGCCACGCUUUCCAGAAAACAGUCUGUACUGCCAUUGUUUCGCGUUGCCCACAAACUACCUGCAGGAGCUGCAGGCUGCUGUGGAGUCUGUUCAGGUAACUGCCCUGACACCGGUAGCCUCCACACAGGACAUGGAAACUGCGUUGGGGGGAUUUGCUGGCCCGACAAACGGAGCUCCGUUGCAGGCGCCGUCUGCUUACCACGGGAGCGACAACCAAGGAAGUGCCGAUUGCAAGGCGUCUACAUCCACGGUGGCAGCCCACGCCCCCGCCAAGCGUUUUGGCCCGGCGCUGACGGAAACUGAUCUGCCGCAGCUUGAGGUAGAUGCACUGGAGCCUGCUUCCGCCGGCGGCCAAGAGCCACAGCCGCCUCCUUUUCAAGCUGAUGCAGGGAACUCCGUGACGACCGCGCCUGCACUCUCCCUGUCCCUCCAGUCGUCGCUGCCCACGACGAUUCUUUCAAGUGUUAUUGUCAGCGCCUUUGAGCUCUCCAUUGAUCCCACCAACGGGAGACCGAGUGAUUAUUGUCGCUUGAAAGUUCAGUAUAGUGAAACGAAGGCGCAUUCUAGACAUAAAUUUGGUGAGGGCGUUGCAACGAGCGUCAUGUACGGCGGGGUGCUCGUUGUGGAGUGCACCAGCCAUGCGGCCGUGCAUGAGCUGGAAAAAGCGCUUAAAAGGCAACAAUGGCGAGGCGAAAAGAGGAGCCUUGGUGUGUGGAGAGGAAGGAGUCAGAUGCUUCGAGGCCAGGGCAACGCAGGCGGCCGUCGCAGUGCGCAAAGGGCGCGAUCCAGCACGCAUAGCAUUCCCGUUGUGAGAGGCGGCGAGGAUACGCGGUGUGGCGGGUGUGUACCGUCGGACGACCCCGGGCAGCUCGGGUGGUACCGCGUUGUGUACUGCAUGGGCGGUGAGAGGGGGAGCAGCUGGGCCUCAGACUCCAACGUGGGGCGGCAACCCCGCGCGUUCGACACGGUUAGCGAGCACACAGGGCACCCUGCCCUCACCCCAUGGCUCGAGCUGAAAAAAGUGGUGGCGCUUGCCGCUUCGUGGGCCCGGCGUCUUCUCUCCGACCCCAAGUUAGUCGAGCCGAUUUCGGUGUAUGUGCAACGGUUUUCGGGCAUUCUUCUUUCUUUAGACCUGAUCUCCGAUUGGAAGGACCAGCUGCAGCAGCUGAUUACGGAUUCAGAGGAGGAGAAGGAAUUAACGCCGGCUACACGCGAUACGUGCGCGACUAGGGAGCUUGAUUUCCUUCGGGAGGAAGACCCCCGUAUGGCAAGUCCCUUUGCUAUGGCAGACUACACUCCGUCCGUCCCUAGUGUACGAAAUACCUGUCGUCCGCUGGCACCCUCUUUGGUGGGAGGCGCACGCCGCUCUGCAUCCCUGAGCUCAAAAAUAGAAUCCAUCCAUCAAACUUUGUUUUCGGAAACGAGGGACAGUGUAAGCAAAACACGCCCCAUUGAAUCCCAGCACAAACAGCUGAGGGCAAAAAUGCAUUGGGGCGUAGUGGCAGGCUCGGCCGAAAAGUCGAACUCAAACCAAGAGAAUGAGGUUCCCUCUGAGGACGACGACAAUGAGGCGCUCUGGGAGAUGUGCAUGAUGGAGGCAACGGCUCUGGAGGCUGAGCUGGCGGAGGUGAUGGAUGCCAGUCAAGAAGCAGAAGACGAGUUAAGUGCAUUAGGUGGCAACAUUCACACUUUGAAACGUGCCUUUUUGCCCAGUACUGAAAUGCAUCGAUUGGAGGUACUAUGCACCUACCUAGAGACCGCUAUCUAUGAACCCGAGGAGGUUCCAGAGCAAUAUGCUUGCAUUGAAGGCCCCGACUGGUUUCCGUGCCUCGCUGCGGUGCUGACAAACCCACGCAAUUCCCUUCGUGGCAUUAACAUUCUCUCGCCCGUGGAGUAUGCAGCCCUCCCCCAGCUUGGGAUGCUGGCGGGUCUCUUUUUCCAUGAGUGUGCGAUGAAGUCUCUUUCGAAGCUUCGCCUACGCUGUGACGUUUUCGAGUAUUUCGACUACCUUCACCCGGAGUUGCAUAAGACAAAAAGUUGGAACCCACUGAGGCAAUGGUGGGAGGCCUUGUGCGGCGUGCCAUCGAGAGAGGAGUGUGCUCGAGUGUGUGAGUUGGUGUCCCUCUUGCAAUGCCGCGAGUGUAGAAGCUCUCGAUGCCCGCCGUUUAUUCUGACCCGGCGGCAGCUGAGAGAAGUGCUCUUCACGCUGCUGGGGUCUGUCGUGGAAAACAACCAACAGCCACAUUUUACGCUUCAACUUACAGACAGGGGAAACUACAGAAGCCUGCGGCAGACAUGGAAAAAGCAUGGACUUUUCUCUGGCCUCCGGAACAUAAUGAAGUGCUGUACAGUCGCGGAUGAAAUUAACGCGCGCUAUCGCUUUGAGCUCCACCGCACCAAGGAUUGGAUUCGGAACAAUAACUCAUUGCCCCCUCAAAAGAGGGAUUGCUUUUGGACAAGUAUGCCAAGCUUCGGAGCGAUGGGCGGUAAUCCGGAGGCGAUUGAGCGUGCACUUGCUGAAGCGGAGCGCCGGCCCUAUUGUUUGCUACUGCGCCAUAAACACCCCGCCUCCUCCUCCUCCGAGUCCUUCAGUUUUUGGCGCGAGGAUAGUGCCUGUGAGCGGUGUGACUCCGGCCGAGCGUCAGCAAGUGAUUGGCGGUGGACCUAUGGACUUGAAUCGGUUGGCACGCAGCGGAUUGUAACGACCGAGUUCGAGUUUGAUGCGUGUUACCAUGCGCAUUUUAUCGCCGGUGAGAUGCAUAAUUUUGUCGAUCGCUGCAACACGCAGAAAAGUAGCGGGAUGAGUUCGAAGGGUGGGGAGGUGGUUGCGAAGAAGCUGGUUACGCUCUUAAUUUAG